GGCCGGGGCGACGAGGAGCUGGGCUGGAGAGCUAAAGCGAGCGCGAGAAAGCAAGAGAGCGCGGCGCCGGCGGCUCUGGAGAAGAAGGCGGAGGGGGAAGAACAGCAGGGGCAGCAGGCAGCGGCGGCGACCGCCCGGGGUGAUGGUACAGGCUCCCCGGGCCGGCGCGGGGCUGCCGGGCUGAGGACGCCCGUUCGGGUCUGCAGCGCCGCCGCGUCGCUCCCGGGGCCGGCCCGGGCGAGCGGGCGGGAAGAUGCUGAGCAGGCUGAUGAGCGGCAGCAGCAGGAGCCUGGAGCGCGAGUACAGCUGCACCGUGCGGCUGCUGGACGACAGCGAGUACACCUGCACCUUCCAGAGAGAUGCCAAGGGCCAGUACCUGUUUGACCUUCUUUGCCACCACCUGAACCUACUUGAGAAAGACUACUUUGGCAUACGCUUUGUGGACCCAGAUAAGCAGCGGCAUUGGUUGGAGUUCACGAAGUCUGUGGUGAAGCAACUGAGAUCGCAGCCUCCAUUCACCAUGUGCUUCCGUGUGAAAUUUUACCCUGCAGACCCUGCUGCCCUGAAAGAAGAAAUCACCAGGUAUCUAGUCUUCCUGCAGAUCAAAAGGGAUCUCUAUCAUGGCCGCCUCCUCUGUAAAACAUCUGACGCUGCCUUGUUAGCAGCUUAUAUCCUUCAAGCGGAGAUUGGAGAUUACGACCCAGGAAAACACCCUGAAGGCUACAGUUCCAAGUUCCAGUUUUUUCCUAAACAUUCAGAGAAGCUGGAAAGGAAAAUUGCUGAGAUUCACAAGACAGAACUCAGCGGUCAAACACCAGCAACAUCCGAGCUGAACUUCUUAAGAAAAGCACAGACGUUGGAGACCUAUGGAGUGGAUCCUCACCCCUGUAAGGAUGUGUCAGGAAAUGCUGCAUUUCUGGCCUUCACUCCUUUUGGGUUUGUCGUUCUUCAAGGAAACAAGAGGGUCCAUUUCAUUAAAUGGAACGAGGUGACCAAGCUGAAAUUUGAAGGAAAGACUUUCUAUUUAUAUGUAAGUCAGAAAGAGGAAAAGAAAAUUAUUCUCACAUAUUUUGCUCCGACUCCAGAAGCCUGCAAGCACCUCUGGAAAUGUGGAAUCGAGAACCAAGCCUUCUACAAGCUGGAGAAGUCAAGCCAAGUCCGCACAGUGUCCAGCAGCAAUUUAUUCUUUAAAGGGAGCCGGUUCCGAUACAGUGGCCGAGUUGCAAAGGAAGUAAUGGAAUCAAGUGCCAAGAUCAAACGGGAGCCACCAGAAAUACACAGAGCGGGGAUGGUGCCCAGCCGGAGCUGCCCCUCCAUCACCCAUGGCCCUCGGCUUAGCAGCGUCCCCAGGACCCGCAGAAGAGCUGUCCACAUCUCCAUCAUGGAAGGUCUUGAAUCCCUACGGGACAGUGCCCAUUCUACCCCAGUGCGAUCGUCUUCCCAUGGGGACAACUUCCUGCCUCAUGUGAGGAGUAGCCGAGCAGACAGCAACGAGCGAGUAGCUGUGAUUUCGGACGAGGCCUACAGCCCUGCAGACAGUGUGCUGCCCACUCCUGUGGCAGAGCACAGCCUGGAGCUGAUGCUGCUCUCCCGGCAGAUCAAUGGAGCCACCUGUAGCAUCGAAGAGGAGAAGGAGUCCGAGGCCAGCACCCCAACUACAACAGAGGCGGAGACGCUGGGAAGAGAGCUGAGGGCCCUGUGUCAGGGGCAUGGCAGGCCGGAGGAGGAACAGGUGAAUAAGUUUGUUUUAAGUGUCCUCCGUUUGCUCCUUGUGACCAUGGGACUCCUCUUUGUUUUGCUCCUCCUCCUGAUCAUCCUUACCGAGUCUGACCUUGACAUUGCCUUUUUCCGAGAUAUCCGCCAGACCCCUGAGUUUGAACAAUUCCACUAUCAAUACUUUUGUCCCCUCAGGCGAUGGUUUGCCUGCAAAAUCCGCUCAGUGGUGAGCCUGCUCAUUGACACCUGAGAAGGCAUGACUUCUCCCAAUAACUAGCCAGGUGGACGCAGGACCCCGGCUAUCCUCCCAGCAAUGGGCCCAUCGCGGAACCAUCGGCACACACACCACGUCCUCCCAUGCAUCAGAGCCCACUACAGCCUAGGAGGGGUCUUCCCAGGAGGAGGAAGGGAUAGGCGCAGGCCCUGUCCACACAAACUGGGAAAACUCAUUUCCUCCAGAGGUCCUCUCAAGAAAGACUCAGCAACUUUUGUUUCUCAUCUUUCGAUUUGCAGGAUUUUUGGUUUUGACUUUUGAUUUUUCAUAGAUGUUAUUUUGAAAGUAUCAAAUAAAAAUAAUUUAUUUUACUAUUACUCAUUAUCAGUGUCACCUAGCAGAUGGGAUGCUAACUGAAGACCAGAGCGCCGUUGUCCUCUGUGUUUUGCAGCAGCUUUCCUGCUGGUGCUCAGGUUCGGAGAGACGCGGGCCUGCAGCCGGAGUGGGGCAGGCCAGGGGUCUGCAUGGUGGAGACUGCUUAGGUUUUCUUGCGAGAGAGCUUUUUUUAAAAAAAAAUCCAUGUGGAAUGAUUAAAUGGAAAGUUGCUUCUUAUGAUGGUCUGAGUUGGAUUUUCUUUUCCUUUUGUUUUUUCAAAUCUGAGCGAAGUGGGCAUCUGAAGGGACCACCGCCAAGCCAGCAGCAGAAGGGGUAGGGUAAGUCUGUCCCCUUAGACUAGAGCCUAGUGGGCCUCACCUUGUUGUGAAAAAGGCUUCUGUGAUGUUUCCUGAAGAACCUCAAGACUUGAGAGAGUUCCAGGGCGGGAAAUGAAUUCAGUGGUGCCAGAGGGCGCCAUCAGAUAUAUUGGACAAAGUAGUUACCAGAUGCCAGAGCUAAGUGAUCUGAAAAUGCUGGGAUGCAGAGAGCAGUACUUAUUUUGUACACAAUGUGCCCCCUAAGAAAACCCUCUCAAUUUAUAUUUUAACAGCAAAAUGUUAUUUUCUUACCUAUUCAUACUUUGUUUUUACUUUAUGGAUUAAGAAAACACAGCCUGAUGAACAAAGUGAUGCAAGAAAUUGAUCCUGAGACUAGAAACCAUCAGAAAAUAAGAUUCUAAGAUCAACACACAGCCUUGGAAGGGACCAAGAGAUGCUACAAAAUACAGAAGGUGACUGUGGCAGAGACCAACACUUAGAUGGAGAAAUGCUGCCCCUAGGGUCACCCUCUGCACUGGGAAGUUCUAGGACUAUACUUGCCAUCAUAGCUGAGGGAAGAAAACCUUGGGAGUUCACAGAAGCAUAGGGACACUAGGGGUGGGUGUGAGGGCAAGCUCCCUCGGCCUGAGCUCUGCAGCACUUAAAACCGAUCACACACAAAGUCUUGUUUUCAUCUCAGGGAGAAAUUUCUGUGUCAUCUGGGCCUGAGGACUUACUUAAGGGUGGUCAGUGGAUACUUGAAGUCCACACAGCAGCAGAGUAGCUAACACCACUAUGAUGAUGGACAGGCCCAAAUACAGAGCAGGAUACGUUACCUGCAGAUCUGAUCUCCCCUAAUUUGUUGGGAAGAUGGCAGAGCCAUGUCCAUGUCCAGACUAUGACAGCCAUGGCCAAAUUGGGGGUGGGGGUCAUUUUAAAGAUAGCAAAGUUACCUUUUUCAUCUAGAGGUCAGCAAACUUCUCCUGGAAAAUGUCACAUAAUAAAUAUUUCAGUUUUGUGGGCCAUACUCUGUUACAACUACUCAAUUCUACCAUCAUAGCACAAAAACAGCCACAGAUAAAGCAUACAUGAAAGAACAAGGCUGUGUUCCAAUAAAGCUCAAUAAAAAUAGAAGUAGGCUGAAUUUGGCCUACAGGCUGUAAUAAGCCAACCCUGAUGGAGACAAUAAAACUGACCAUAUGUUAGCAGAAGAAGGUCACCUCUGCUCGAUUUCUGGCAUAUGUUAAAGACCCACAAGGGUUCCCAGUGGAGGUGCUGGGGCUGCUUGUUUACAGGGUGCUCAAACAACAAACCAGCAAAGAUACCAGAAGCCAAGAUGAGCCAGAUGAAGUACUAGAAUACUAAAAUGUGGCAAAUCUAAGAAUGUAGGUGGGCCUCUCUGAUCACCCUCAUACCAGCAACAAUUUGGGCAGAAUCACAAACAUCUACUUACCAAGUAACAAGAAAAAUCAAGGGAGACCCUUGUGAAGAUAAAGGAUCACUUAAAACCAACUAGCCACUGCCACUUGUCAUCUGCAUAGCAAAGGCUUUAUUUGGCACAGGACUAAAGUGAAAAAUAACCAAGAGAUGAAAGGGCUGUCUGGAGAUGGGGCUGGUGGCAUCAUGGAUCUCCACUGUCUUGUGCAGCACAGCACAUGACCUAGUGUAGUGCUCCUACCUCAGUCUGUAGAGCUCAGUCUCCAAAGUGAGCAAUCGCCAUGCCUCUGACCUGGCCUGUCCCCGUGGGAGAGAUGCAUAGCUCUGCCUGGUGUGCUUCUUGUGUCAAGUUCUGACAGUACGGUACAGUGGUCCAUGCCAUUCCAGCAACCCAGCAGAAAUGCUGGGAACAUGUUUUUCCUAGGGCUUAUUCCACAAAAUAUGGACAGAGAAAUUUCCUUCAGUUUGUUUCUCAAAUAGUGUUUGAAUAACAAACCUUUGUUGGCGACUAGUCUUUUUUGGUAUCUACUCACUAUUAAAAGUUGUUCCACGGGCCGGGGAUUUAGCUCAGUGGUUCCACUGCCUGCCUCGCAAGCGCAAGGUCCCGAGUUUGAUCCCCCGAACCAAAAAAAAAAAAAAAAAAGUUGUUUCAGUUUUUAAUCCGGUUUUACUAUGUUCUAUUGUCUCUUCGUUUUCUCUCAAAGUUAGUUUUAUCUCACUGUAGAAAAAGCAAUGGUUUCCGUCCUGUGCUCUGUCAGAGGAAAUAACUCUUACUGAAGAAUAGUGUACCACAUCUUUAAGCAAUAGAGGGUAAACUACCUGCAAAUGUGAAUUUCUUAGUUUCAUUUACAAAUAUAUAGUUGUUAACCUUUCGUGUGCCAAAAAUUCUUAAGUUACAUUUCCCUUCAAAACAAUGUACUUUUUUCUACAUAUGCAGUAUGUAGUUAGCAUAAAAUCACUGGUGCCAGGAAGAUUAUUUUUAAACUUAAAUAAAUAUUUAAAUACCAUGGAGAGUGGGCUCUUUUUUUAACCUACAGCUUGUCUCGCUUUAUCAAAAGUUACUAGCUAGCUCAGGAGCACAGUACCAGCCUGACAAGUGCAAGGUCCUGAGUUUGAUUCCCGGUACAAAAAAAAAAAAAAAGUUAUAGCACACAGAUGAAUGGGUACCAGUGGGAUUCACUCAGCCAACUGCUGUUCACAAUUGGGGUCAUAUCAAACUUUGCUUCUGUCUGUCCUCAGCCCCCCCCCAUAAAUACUGUUAGAAACCGAGAAGCUACAAAUAGAGAAUGAUUUUAAAGAUGAAUUGGGCCGGGGAUUUAGCUCAGUGGUUCCAGUGCCUGCCUCACAAGCGCAAGGUCCCGAGUUUGAUCCCCAGUACCAAAAAAAAAAAAAAAAAGAUGAAUUGGAACCCCUUUUGUAUUAUAGUCAUGCGGUCUUAUGUAUGAUAAACAGUUGAAUAAUUUGUC